AUGUCGCUCGCAUCCGGCGUUACCAUCAGAGAUGAGUGCAUCAAUGCAUUCAACGAGUUCCGCAUGAGCACCAACAAGCCCAACAAGACCAAGUUCAUCAUCUUCAAGAUCUCCGAUAACAAGAAGGAGGUUGUCCUUGAUGAGGUUUCGCAAGACGAGGACUACGAGGUCUUCCGCAGCAAGCUCGAUGCCGCCAGAGACAGCAAGGGUAACCCCGCUCCUCGUUAUGCCGUCUACGACGUCGAGUACGACCUUGGUGGUGGUGAGGGUAAGAGAAGCAAGAUUGUCUUCAUCUCCUGGGUUCCUUCCGAUACCCCUACUCUGUGGUCCAUGAUCUACGCCAGCACGCGGGAAAACCUGAAGAACGCCCUCAAUGUCCACAACUCCAUCCAUGCCGAUGACAAGUCUGAAAUCGAAUGGAAGGCUGUUCUGGCCGAAGCCAGCGGCGGUAAGGCUAAAUAG